UUUCAUCCACACGUUGCCCGGAUUGUGCAGAGAAAAUAAUUCCAUGAUUCAGUUCUUUACUCGAUUUUUCAUGUAUUUUAUACAGUCAAAACCCAUAGAAAUUAAUUGGUUCAAUCUUCAUUAUUCCCAAGUUGCACAGUUCUUAAUGUUUGAUUUCCUAUUGGAUAUGGAUUUCUUCCUUUGAUGCUAAUUACGUUUUCCUUCUUAUCUCUUGUUUCCCAGACCAGGUGUCUCUGACCAUGCCAGGGUUGAUGUCUGAAGUGAACAGUGUUAAUGGUCGUUAAUGGUUAUUCCCUUUUGUGUAUCUUCUGAGCUACUCCCAGUCCCUUAAGCUCAUCAGACCUCACCUGGUGAACCUGAAAAGAAACCUCAAUUCUCUUCUCCACGGGCAAAGGCAAGCUAAACUGACUAAAGUUACAUUAAAACUAAAAAAUUUUACAUAAAAAUUUGAAACUGUACCUUAAUCCCUCCAGGGCAUAGGUUGAAGAGGGAGAGGAUGAGCACUUACUGGCUCAGAGACAAGUUGCUGUGGCAGAGACUGGAGAGGCCAUAAAAAAAGCAACUGCAUGGGGCAGUUGGGAAUGGAAAACUUGGUGCUUAGGGGGUGCGGAAAGGCAACACCUGACCUCCAAUCAAGUUACUUCAGUAGCAGUGUAACUGGUUCCGUGCAAAGUUCAUGACUUUGGGAAUGCUGGUAAAGUUAAAAGGUUCGAACUCUUCCCUGUGGUGCAAGUUCAUAGAAAUGAACAUCCUCACUUCUCUGUCAGGUUAAUGUUUUGGUUAUUUUAAGUAUCAAUAAUUGCAUUAAUCUCCAACACACAUACCCAGGUAUUGAGUUGAUGCUGUGCAUUUCAUGUGCUCAAUUCACAUUUAUUCCCUGAGGCUACUGAUGAGUCAAGCCUUUUUUACUUUGAUCCACAGAGGUGAAAUAUUCUGUCUGACAAGCUCUUGGGCUCUGGUAGCACUCGGCAAUGCAGCUCGUUACACAAAUCAUUGCUCUAAUUUUUCACCCUGGCACAACUCAAGCCCAGUCUGCCAGAAACAGCUCCUGUUGAGUUGCUAUUCUGCUUCCUGUGUCCCUUUGUGCCUGAGACUUCCUUCUGGCUCGGUGGUCAGAGCAGUUCUCAGCCCAGCCUGGGCCUGUCAAUUAGGGAGAUGCAGAGGCGCAAGUGGGCCUCUUCUGGCUCAGCUGAUGCCCUUUGGCAGUGUUUACAGGUUAAUGGGAGCUAGAAGACACCUGCCAUCCUGUCCUAGAAGACACCUGCUGCUUCAUGCCCAAUUGUCUGGGAGGGGCUCAGUGGGCCAUCAUUACAGAGAACCAAAGAUGCCCAGGAACACUAGCUGAUGUUCACAACAGCAUACGACUGGUAGUGUUAGCAAUUGAACUGGUGUUUCUACAAGAAAAAAGUGUGACAAACACAUUCACUCUCCUGUGAAAAUUUAAAGAGUUUUAUAAAAGACAAUAGGAGACAAAGACAGUAAAGCAAAGAUUACAGCUGGAUUACUCAGCCAAAAGCACACUGUCACCUUCAGGGAUACCCCUUAAAUACCUUUUCCAUUACAUCAACCUUGUGAAAUAUGCCAAUCACUUGUUUUGAAAUUUUAGAAGUUUAAUAGUAAUAAAAUGGAUAUAAAAAUAGUAAUACAAAUUAGAGCAAUACAAAUUUGGACAAUCAGAGUUAGGACAAUAAAAGCAAAGAAUAUGAACAUUCAGAUGCUUUACUAAAAAAGCAUGGCUCGCUAACAAAGGAUUAACUCUUAAAAGGAAUAGCCUGUUGCCUAUUCAUACAUCUCAUACAUGAUUCAAAAACUCUUUUCAAACAAAGGGUGUUUGCUGGUUAUGGUUCAACUUCCUCCCCUUCAUCUUGUAAAUCAUGUCAGACUCCAUGAAGUCCGCAAGGAGGCUAGUUCUUCACGAUAAGGAGACAAUAAUUCUGUCUCUUUUGGAUUGUAGUGUCUUGUUGAUGUUAUCUCUGUGCAAAGAAUUUCUAGAUUACCUCAUCUCUUUCUUGAGCUAGUUAAAAAGUAUCUUACAUAGCAUAAUUUCUAUUUUAACAUUAUAUAAUAACCUAAAACUGUAUUUAUCACACUACUUAAGAAAAUUAAUACGGCAUACCUUUCUAACAUAACACAUAUAAUAUUCAUUUUAAUAUUUGCAAAAAGCCAAUCAUAAAACACGCAUUUUUCACAACCUGUUGCAUUUUCAUAGACCCUCAUGCAUACUCAUAAACUAGUUUACAUAUUCCAGGAACCAUUUUACAUGGCCCCUCCUCAGGUCUGCCUUUUUAGCACAUGUGCGUGUCUUGGCUUUGGUUUUGGCUCCUCCUUGUCACUUCCAGUUUGGGCUUUUGUCCUUACUUUCUUCAACGCUGAUAGUUGGCAUAUCAAUAGCAGGGUCCUCAUUACAUGUUCACUGGAUGUUUUCCCGACCAAACAGACAGUUCACUCAUAGCUAUCAGCUAUCACUACUAGUAUGUCUAUGUUUCUGUUAAUAGCAGAAAUAAAAGCAAAGUUAUUUUAACAUUAUGCAUAUAACAUUCAUCCUAGUAUUUGUGAAAAGCCAACAAUAUAAUAUGUAUUUAUAACAAAAGCUUGGAUCAGGAAUUCUCACUGUGCCGUGAGCUCUGCUCCCCUGCCCAGGGGCUGCUCCUGCAGCUUUGGGUACACUCUUUUCCCCAGCUUUCUGCUGCCUUUGGAAGCUCAUCAGGAGCAAAAGUUUCUGUUCAUUUGCCCAGCUGUGACUGGACAACUCUAGCAGUUUAUUGCAGAUGUUAGGUCAGUCCGUUGUUCCUAUGCUCCAUGGUUUAAAAUAACUUCUGCUGUUCAAGCCAAUGUUAUAAAUAAAGUGGACUUUUGUAGCCAGGGUUAUGAAUUGUUAAUGAUGUAAUUUUAUUCUGAAUUGUUAAUUAAUUUAAUAGAUUGUGAUACCUAAUUUAUGUAGCAGAUUAUGAAGUAAUAAUUUACGGAGUUAAAUGUACUGUAGUAUAAAUGUGUGCCCACUAGAGGGGGGUGGUGGAAUGAGUGGGGGAAUUCUCUAGAAAGCUACCUCAUGAGAUGAUGACAUUAACAUGAACUAUGAUUGGAAGACUAGCCAGCCAAUGAAGCCUCAGAACUCUAGAAUAAUUGGCCAGGAAUGCACCAUCUUAUGUACCAACCAGCAACCAGGAAAAGGACCGAUCCACAAGUGGAUUGAAAGCGCAGCACCUGGUGUCGUUCUGGGAAACCGGUGUGGAAGGAAACACCCUGUGUUGCACACAGUUUGUUAUUUGUAUCUCUGACUUGCCGCAGGCUUACCCCGAGGUCUCAUCUUCAGUUAUCUUGAUUUUUAAUAAACAGGCCCAAGCCUUUUAAAAGAUCUUGGCCUCAUUUUGCCUGUUUAUAUCAUCCAACAUUGUAACACAGUGCAGAAAUAGGUUUUCUGUAUGGCUGGCAUGGACUUCUAUCUGAUAAAACCCUCUCUCUUUGCUCCUGAGGUGAGCACUUGCUCUGUUUGCAGCCUCUUCUACAGUAAGGGCUCAUUGUAACGGUAACAGCAGGAGUGGAUGGUGUGAACACACUUAUGAAUACUAAUCUGGGAAGGUGGAUUGUUUUUCAGGGUUGGUCAGUUAGUUUUGCACCAGUCAGACCUGACACAACUUAAGAUUCAGUGGCAAAAAUAGAAGAGAAAACCUUCAUGUUUGUAUUUACCAUCAUUACUACUCACCGAAUGAUUAAGUACGGUGUCACAGGUGUUGGGGGUGUUGUCACAAACAGACGCGACACCUGCCCUCCCGCGUUCCAGUGUUGCUAGGAGCCGGGCCCGGCCCCUCACACCGAGUGCAGCUUCCCCGCGGCUGGGGCGCUCUUCUUGCAUUCCCGCAGGACUCCCACAGGCUCUAUGUCAUCGCUGGGGCGGGCCGAGGCGGCGGAGCAGACUCUGCUCGUAGGAAACUUGGAGAGUCGGGUCAGGGAGGAGAUCCUCUACGAGCUCUUCCUGCAGGCUGGACCAUUAACCAAAGUGAUGAUUUGUGAGGACAAAGAAGGAAAAACUAAGUCUUUUGGAUAUGUCUGCUUUAAACACAAAGUAUCAGUGCCUUAUGCAAAAGCUCUGCUGGAUGGAAUCCGUUUGUAUGGAAGACCAAUUACUGUGCAGUAUUGGAGGGGGAGUUCUCCCUCACCAGAACUAGACAGUUGUACAGACGGUUUUGAACACCACAUUGACUUAGAGUCUCCUGCAGACAGGCAUCAAGAGCUUUCUGGAAAUUCUCCAUUUCCUGUUACUCCUUUGCCAGUGAACAACAGUUUACCUCAUGAUCACCCUGGCUUUCAAGAGGUGGUGAUACCUUCAGACUUAUCCUUUUCUCCCUAUCAGAAUCAAAGUGCACAAUUCAAGACUGCACGGAGUUAUCCUGAAUUUGCCACAUCCAAGUGACUGUGAAGUGCACCAAGCAGGAU